UGUUGAUAUCGAUUGGUUCCCAUGACGAAUUUGACGCCGUGCAACAUUCUUCAGCAGAGAGGGAGGAGGGGCAGACUGCAUUAACAAGGGUACAGGGAGAGUACUACAAGCGUUUGCUGCAGACAGACUGCUGCUCAGCGGUUUCACGUCAAUGCAUCCUGUCUUUAACCGGACAAUAUGAGGAUUUAUUCGGUCUGCAUGUUGUGUUCACUAAUUAUUAUAUCAUCAACAGCAAGUGACACAGGCGUUCAACCCAUUGUGGCCUUAGUUGGUGAUGACGUCAUCCUGCCCUGCACCCUGAGACACACCGUCAGCGCUGUGCAUCAGUCAGUAGAGUGGCAGAGACCGGACCUAAAACCAAAAGAGGUCCAUCUUUACAGAGAUGAGAAGGACGAUCUGGUGCUCCAGAAUCCAGUCUUCAGGGGAAGGACGUCACUGUUCAAAGAGGAACUAGAGAACGGCAACACUAGUUUAAAGUUGACCAGAGUGAAACUCUCUGAUGCUGGAAACUACACCUGUUACAUUCCACUGCUGGACCACCAGAAAACCAUCAUUCAACUCCUUGUUGGUGAGUCAACACACCUGCUGACCACCCAAACCCCCUUAAGAGACAGAUCUCAUGAAAUCAAGGGUGCUGUGUCCAGACCAGUUAUCAUCAUUGAGAGAAUGGAAGGCGAUGAGGUGGUCCUGCGGUGUGAGGCUGAAGGCUGCUACCCAGAGCCUGUCAUGGAGUGGUGUGACGCUCAGGGACGUGUCCUCCCUGCUGCUGGACCUACAGAGACGUCCAGAGACCGUAAAGGCUGCUACACUGUGACAAGCCAUGUCAUCGUCCCGAACUCUGACAACAACACCUUCACCUGUCGCGUUCAACAGUUGGAGAUCAAACACAUGAAGGAGAGACAGGUUCAUGUUCCAGAUCAAAUGUUUCCUAAGACUUGUCAUUCCUGCUGGCUGACAGUUCUUGGAGCAGUUCUUGGAGCAGUUCUUGUUGAAGCUGUAGCUGGAGGUCUCCUCUACCUGUUGAUAAAAAAAGGGAUAUUGACCUUCAGAAAGGAAGCGUGGACGUCAGUAAUGAAGAACAAGGAGACGAUGAAGAAUGAGGAAGAUGAGACCAGUGAAUCCCAGUCUUUCAUUGGUUUAGAUGAUGUGAAAUGAUCUAUAAUAAUAGUAUUAUGUGUCAUUUAACAGAAAUGUUUGGAUGGUCCCAGGAAUCAAACCCACUAUCCUGGAGUUACAAGGACCUUAACUAUGACUACAUAGGAAUAUGCAUGGCUAUGUUUACAUUUUAGUAAUUUAGCAGACGCUCUUAUCCAGAGCAACUUACAGGAACAAUUAGGGUUAAGUGCCUUGCUCAAGGGUACAUUGGCAGACUUUUCAUCUUGUCAUCUCAGGGAUUUGAACCAGCGACAUUGGUUACUGGCCCCACGCUCUUAACCACUAGUCUACCUGCCACUCCAUAUAUGGCACUAGUCUACCUGCCACUCCAUAUAUG